GUGGGUAAUGACUGGGGGUUUAAAAUUUCUUAACCAUGCUGUCGUAUUGUAAAGAUUAUUUGAAUUGGUAUGGAAAAUGUGUUAAAAUGAAAUGUAAUAUGAUGUAAGCAACAGUUAUGACGGAUCUAAAAAACGCUCUUCAUGCAGCUCACGAAGCUAAGGCUUCCAACGAAGAACAUGAGAGAAUAAUUCAGCAAAAAGAUUUCAGGGAAGAGCAUGAGCCAAUUUAUGAUGCAUUUUUACGUGCAUUGAAGUCUAACACAUUAGAUCCAAGAGGAAAAGAAUUUGCUACCUUUUUGCAUGAUAAUAUUGAUAAUCUAUUUAAGGAUGUUAAUCUAAAAAAGAUAAAACCACUAAGUGAAGAAAAUUUUUGUCGAUUUUUACUUGCCACAUUAAAAAAAAUAAAAGUAGAAAAUUUGGCAAGUAAGGAAAACUUAACAAAUAAAAAAAUACAAAAAUUAGUGAAUGGGUGCAUUAGUGAUGUACGUGAUACGCAACGUAACGAUUUAUUGAUACAAGGUUUUGGAUGGCUUGUUGGAAUAAAAAUAGAUUCUAAGAAGAUUACUACUUCCUUUAAAAAAGGGAUGUUGAGCAAGAUUCCAUUUUUAGGAAGCAAAGAAGAGCAUGAACUACCAAAAAGCGAUACAGAAUUGGUAAGUAAUGUACUUGUGAAAGUUUUUCUACCUAUUUUUGUUAUUGCUAUAACAGCAGUAUUUAUUAAGGUUAGCCAGAUAAUGAUAAUUUUUGGUGUUAUUGGUCUGACGAUCUCUACGGGUAAAGCCAUAAGCAGUUUAUUCGCAAAUACUAUACAUGACUUAAGAUAUGCACCAGAAGUUCAAUCAAAAGAUUGGGAGGGGUCUAUUAUCAAUGAUAUUAACGAGAUUCUGCUAAAAGACUUGGAGCAACAACCACCAGAUCAAAAAAGGAGUCCAUUACAUGUAGGCGCAGAAGAAGAGAGGAGAAAGAAUAAUUCCCCUGGAUGUUUAAGAACUUAUUCAUAAUCUUUAAAAUCAGGGAGGUAUAGAGGGAGUUAGAGAAUUUCUGCACCAGUUUUUGAUCAAUUCGACAAUUUUUUCGACUUAUAGAAACUUAUGUUAUCCAAAAUCACCGUUUAUCCAGGCUGUAAAAUUGGCACCAAAAUCCUUAAACGAGACAUUAAAGACCGCUAUAUUACANUGCAUUAUCAAUGAUAUAGUCCUUCUCAAGAAUAGAAAGAAAAGUAGAAUCAAUGACUUAAUGAAAAGAUUUAAAAAUAGGAGAGUUCUUUCUAGCUCUGUUUUUGAUAGUAAACCAAAAAAAACCGCUAUAUUAGCGGUAGCCUUCGAAUGUCAUGGGUGUCACUAUUUUUCCUUAUUAAAGCUGAAAUCAUACUGAAUUUUCCUGAUUUAGUGCGUAAAACCUCUCUCUUUUUAACAAUAUCCGCAUGGAUAAUUUUCUGUAUUAUCUAUUCCA